AUGGGCAAAGGAAGGUGGAUUGACAAGAAGACGGCGACGCACUUCACGCUUGUGCAUCGUCCGCAAAAUGAUCCCCUUAUCCACGACGAGUCGGCACCGUCCAUGGUGUUGAACCCAACACAGCGCCCCAAUGCCCACAAGUCGGCAAACCUUAGUGCCCUCGCUUCCGAGCUCGGCUCCGAUGCCAUGAGCAUCCGUGACAACGAGGGUGAGGCCGCCAACUAUGGCGUCUACUUCGACGAUACCGAAUACGAUUACAUGCAGCAUUUGCGCGACCUGGGCACGGGAGCCGGGGAGGCCGUUUUCGUCGAGGCCAAGCCAGUCGCAAACCAGGACAAGAAUAAGGGCAAGGGCAAGGCCACCCUCGAGGACGCCCUGAAGCAACUCAACCUCGAGAACAGCGCCCAGGACCUGCUCGACGAGGAGAUCCUCCCCAACAAGAACCUCCAGAGACUCACCUACCAAGCACAACAAGAUGUACCCGACGCCAUUGCCGGUUUCCAGCCAGACAUGGACCCCCGCCUACGCGAAGUGCUGGAGGCCUUGGAGGAUGAGGCCUACGUGGACAACGAAGAGGAGGACAUUUUCCAGGAAUUGGCCAAGGACACAAAGGAAGUCAACGAGCACGAGUUCGAGGAGGCAUACGAUGAGUUCGAGGAUGAUGGCUGGGAGUCGGACCACACAGUGAAGGCCAGCAAGGAGUACAGGCGCGGCGGUGAUGACGAGGUACCGGAUCUUGUCGACACAGGUGCUGAAGGAGAGGGGUCAGGGCCGUCGGAUGACUGGUAUGAUGCUUUCAAGCAGUACCAGCAGGACAAGAAGGCGGAGAAGAAGAACAAGGGCCCGGCGGCGCCAUCAGAGAUGCAAUCCUCGAUAUGGACAACGACAACAAUGGGUGGACGCAAGAAGAAGAGAGCCGGUGCUAUGACCAACCCGUCCCAGUACUCGAUGUCCUCCUCGGCGCUUAAGCUGGAGGAGGAGUACAACGCUGACAUGGACGAUUUGGGUUCCGUCUCGGGUGUUUCUGCUGUUUCGACUGUCCAGGGCAACGUGAGGGCCGAUUUCGACGGCAUGCUGGAUGAGUUCUUGGAGAACCACACGGCGGCCGGAAAGAAGAGGGUGAAGAAGGGCAAGUACCAGAGUGGUCUUGAGCAGCUGGAGGAGAUCAGGAGGGGAUUGGGACCUGCCAGACUCCGUCCUUCGUUUAUCUAA